AUGGCUGACCAUAAUAAUCAUAGUGCCCAUCAUGGCCAAGGUGCUGACUAAUUACUUGCAUUUGAUGAAGAUUACUACAAAGAAUUUGAAACUGCAGAAGACUAUAAUGUACUUGAUAAAAAUAAAACUGUUGAAUUAGAAUGUUAUUAAUCUAUGAAUGUUUGUUGCGGUUCAUGCACUGGCUUCUUAAGUGCUUGGUUACCAUGCAUUUGCUGUUGUUUUGACAAACCAUUCGUGUAAAUACCAUAAAGCUCUAAAAGUAUUAUUGAGAGAUUUGGUAAGCCAAUUUAAAUUGUAGAUUCAGGUUUAACUUAGAUUAACACCUGUACUGAUCAAGUUAAAUAAGUAAGUAUGAAAACAAGAAUUUUAGAAUUACCUUAAUAGAGAAUAACCACAAAGGAUAAUAUCAUACUAUUUGUAGAUGCUGUUAUUUAUUAUAGAGUUAUUGGUAUUUUAAGAGCAGUUUAUAGAAUAGAGAAUCUUUAAAUUUCAUUAUUAGAUUAAUCAGUAGCAUCUAUUAGAUCUAUUAUAGGUGAAAUGACACUUAAUGAAAUAUUGAAUGAUAAAGAAGGGUUAGCUCUCAGAUUAGAAUAUAUGAUAAAUUAAGUUUCUAAAAAAUGGGGAACAUUAGUUGAAGAAAUCUUAUUCAAGGACAUUGCUCUUAAUAAAGAAACAUAAAGUGAUAUGGCAGCAACAGCUAAACAAAGAAGAUUGGGAGAAACUAAGUUGAUUAGCAAUAAGGCUGAAGUACAGGCUGCUGCUUUACUUAAACAAACAGCAGAAAUUUUAGAUUCCAAGGCUGCAAUGCAAGUGAGAUAUCUAGAAGUCAUUUAAAAUAUUACUAAAAGUGCAUAAGAAUAAGUUAUCUUUUUGCCUCUGGAUCCAACUGCAGGAACUGUAAAUGGAGGUGGAUACAAAAAUCAAAACAAAAAAUGA